AAUUCUUAUGGACGGACAAUUUUGGCGGGUAAUUUAGAAAAUUCACGGAAGAUUGUUUACAAAAAUAAUUGUGAAAACUUUGCAAUGUCUUCUGCACUUGAUGUUUUAGAAGGGUUGGAAAAUGAUAGUGGCGAUGACGAAGAAGCGAUGACAGCAGCGGACGUUCUUCAAAAGUUGGAAGAGGCAUGGCUGAACGAAAAAUUUGCUCCAGAAUUACUGGAAACUAGAUCAGAUUUAGUAGAAUGUAUGCUUGAACAGAUUACGCAGAUGGAAGAUAACAUUAGACGAGCUAAGAAAGGUGACUUUAAAGUCAGUCUACAUAGUAUGGAGAUUGAUCGUAUAAGAUAUAUCCUAAGUAGUUAUUUAAGGUGUAGAUUACAAAAGAUUGAACGAUAUACAAACCAUAUCUUAGAUGAGGCAGAAGAAACCUUAAAGAAAGAGGAUGCAACAAAACUUUCGGACGAGGAGCUUAAUUUUGCUAGGGAGUAUGCACAAAACAUGGAAAGUCAUCUACAAGCUCUAGCCCUCAGACAUAUGCCACAAAAUUUACAGUCAUUGAACAAUAAACAGACAGCAUCAAGGCCAAAUUUGGACAAAUAUGUGUUUUUACGUGUCAACGAGUCCACUGAUGGUGUUUUAGUAGAAGAGGAGACUUUAGACACUGGGUAA